GUGAAUAGACUGAGGUGGGGGUUGCGCAAGGCGGCGUCAAGGCGUGCUUCAGCUGUCUGGUCGGAGCUGUGGUAACCCCACCUGGUCUGUUGGGUGGGGCAAUGGCCGGCGCCGAGUCGGAAUCUGCCGCCGGAGACUGGCAUGUGUUGCUCUGCUGCACGGGCAGCGUGGCCUCGCUCAAGGUGCCGGAGCUGGCGCGGCGCCUGCAGGCCGGCCCAGCCGACGGCGGACGGGCCGUGCACCUGCGUGUGGUCAGCACCGAGCACGCGCGCCACUUCUUCUCUCCGUCCGAGCUGCCGAACGGCGUGGCGCACCUGAGUGACGCCGACGAGUGGGCCGCCUGGCGUGCGCGCGGCGACCCUGUGCUGCACAUUGCGCUGCGUGAGUGGGCCGACCUGCUGCUGGUGGCGCCGCUCAGUGCCAACACGCUGGCCAAGCUGGCGCACGGAUUGGCCGACGGCCUGGUGGCCUGCGUGGCGCGCGCCUGGCCCCUCGGCCGCCGGCCGGCGCUCGUCUGCCCGGCCAUGAAUACCGAGAUGUGGCUGCACCCGGCCACGGCGCCGCAGCUGGCCACGCUCGCCGGCUGGGGCUACACGGUGGCGCCGCCUGUCGAGAAGACGCUCAUCUGCGGCGAGACGGGCGUCGGCGCCAUGGCGCACCUCGAGGACAUCUGCAGUCGUGCGUUCGAGCUGCUCAGGGAGCGCGACCAGCGACCGGGCGGUCUAUAACGGACCGAGGGUACGUGCGUAGGGAGGGUGCGCCGGCACGGCACCGGUGGUGGACGGCAGUCACCGCUACGGCAGCGGCGGGCAGCCCGCGGCCACGGCGCCGUUGCACCAUGGGCGACUGUGCUGUGUGGUGCUGUACGCGACCACUCCCAGUGAUAGUGCUGCCAUCGCCGCCGGUGCGGUGUGCUCGAAGAACCAUUUAGCUGCAUGCCACAGGUUGAAUGUGCAAUUGGUUUGGGUCCAGCAUGAUUAUUACUCCAGCCUUUGAGUGACUACGGGCGUGUGAAUCACGAACGGUUUGAGGAAGCCGGUUUGUGAGGUUAGGCAGGCUGGCAGUGGUCUGUUAGUCUCGUUAUGAGUUCGAUCUGGCGAACAGACGACUGGCUGGUGUGAUAUACAGGGUUGAGAGGGUCGUUGCGUUUGUGGUGCAGUUUCACCAGGUGAUGUCGGUGUUUAGUGGACGUGAUUCAUUGCGCCGCCCAGCACCCUGGUUCAGCCGUCCAACGGAUGCUCCACGCUUGGUGCUGCA